GUACCGAGGGUGGUUAGAAUUUCGCUUUUGAGAAACCAAUCAAGACGUGAUAGGGGGAUUAGGGGACUGUUGUUUAGCCUUUUGCUGAAAUAAAUUAGAGAAGUGGAUAAAGAUCAGAAAGGAGAGUCCCUUUUGGGGAUGGUGAUAAUAAGAUGUGCAUCAUUCAGUCACGCUAACCAUUUGGUAUGCAAAAGGGUGAUAAAUGAAUUAACAUAUGCCACGGUUAAACUUCAUUUUUAUAUGUUUUUGAACGAAAUAUAAUAGGAUUAACCAGCCUAGCCUGCAGAGUGUAUCUUGUUCCGGAGGUGAGGAUCUAACUUUGUCAAUGUUUGCAAAUUUGUCCAAGUAGAAAGGGCUAGAAUUCGCUUUUGAGAACACGUAGACGAUGUGAUAGGGAUCAGGGGAUUGUUGUCACCUGUUUAGCCUUUUCCCGGAAGUGAAAAAAGAAAGCAAGCUGGAUAUCGAGCAAAAAGGAGAGUACCUUUUGAGAUAGCGAGGUCUGCUUGUGUGCAUUUGGCUUUCAAAAGGUGAUAGAUGCACUGGCAAGACUUGUGGCAGCAGGAAGAGUCCUGUUUGAUGCUGAUCUGUGCCUGUUAUGUACUACUGAUCUGUUCCUUUCGUCCCAAUUGAGCAAUUCGUGGGGGUUUCUUUAGCUGACUGCCUUUGCGAACGGCUUGGAGGAAAGGGUACAGUUUGGGAUAAUUUGCACAAAAGGCUCCGAAUUCACUUCAUUCUUACCCCUUUUUUUCGAAAAUUGAGAUCAGCUCAAAAGUUGGAAAAGAACUGUUCUUGGGAGGGCCUAAAACUCCUUCUCAAGGCCCCUCAUUAGAUUUUGCCACCUUGCAUCACAAUUCAGUAACCUCUGCUAUAAAUUUUUCCCCUAGAAAGUUGCUUUCUUCAGCUCUCAUAAAAUAUUUCUAUAACAAAGUAGUAGAUGUCAUAUGCGAAUUCUAUGAGCAGCAGCUGGUUUCUCUCUUUUUUUUUUCUCUUUUUUUUUUUGUAGAAUUUGCUGCAAUCAAUAUGUGCCUCAACUGCCACAUUCAUUUGGUGGAUCUACUUGUUUGUGGUAGCCUGCUAGACCAUUUCUCGGAUGCUACGGCUCCGAGAUGUGCCUGCUGUGGUUCUGAAAAUUAUGCCGAGUUCCUGCAAUGUAUUUGUUGUGUCUCGACAUAGAUUAACUAUAAAAUUUGCAAAUCAGGCUCGAACAAGCAAGUCGAACACUUAUGUUAGGAUUCAGUCAAUAAGUCAUAAAGCAUCCGACCAAAUACAGAGGGACUGGUUGCAUAAUCUGGCUGAUGAUGAAAUACCAAAAUAUUCUGGAAAUUCUAGUUUGGCCUCAUGCUCUCAAACCAGCAGUUCUCUUAGCACUUCUACAAAUGCUGUUAAAAGUUCAGAAAGACGUAGAAGAGGUAUUUUAGGAAGCUUAGGUCGAAAGACACCAGGGAGAGAAGGGAACAAAGAUUUUGAUGCUAUUGGCCAAUUGAAAGAAGUUCCUUAUGUUGCCUUACGCUCGAUUGAAGAGUCUCAACAUGUAGAUGAAGUAGCAAAACUGAGGAAAGAGUUGAAGGAUACUUUGAUGAUGUAUGAUAGAGCUUGCGAGAAUCUUGUCCACGCUAAGAUUCGGUCACUUCCUACUGAGUGCUGUGAAGAGGUGAAGAAGGUGCAAGAUGCCCUACAGAGAGAGGAAGUGUUGAAACAGGCUGUUGCGCAUGAGCAUACCAAACAUUUAGAAGCUAUUGGAGCAGUUGAGAUGGCAACAGAGUCAUUCACUCACGAGGGUUAUUCCAAGCACAAGGCUGAAAUAGUGGCAGACAUGGUGUCUACCGAGAAGGCAAAGGUAGUGGAUGCUCUUCUAUCAACAGGCAAAGGUUGCAGGCGGUACUCUAGACAUGAAAUAGAGCUUGCCACGGAUUACUUUUCUGAUGCAAGGAAGAUAGGUGAGGGAGGCUAUGGAAAUGUUUACAGGUGCACCCUUGAUCACACUGAAGUAGCUGUCAAGGUUAUUCAACAAGAUUCCAGUGACAAGAUCGAUGAGUUCUUGAGAGAGGUGGAGAUUCUCAGCCAACUUCACCAUCCCAACUUGGUUCUGUUGCUUGGUUUUUGUCCUGAAAUUGGAUGUCUUGUGUAUGAAUACAUGGAGAAUGGGAGUCUAGAAGAUCAACUUAUCAACAAUAAAGGGCACCAAUCACUCCAUUGGUUUCUGCGGUUCCAAAUUAUCUUUGAGGUGGCUUGUGGGCUUGCUUUCUUGCAUGGAACAAAACCGGACCCCAUAGUGCAUCGUGACCUAAAGCCUGGAAACAUUUUGCUGGACAAGAAUUAUGUAAGCAAAAUUGGUGAUGUCGGUUUUGCGAAGCUCAUAUCAGAUCUUGUGCCAGAAGGGCUCACAGAGUACAGAGAAACAGUCAUCGCCGGCACACUGUAUUACAUGGACCCUGAGUACCAAUUAACUGGAACAGUUCGACCAAAAUCAGAUCUUUAUGCUUUGGGGAUUAUCAUUCUUCAACUACUAACUGGAAAAGGUCCACAUGGGUUGAUAUGCAGUGUAGAAGAGGCGAUUAAAAAGGGGAUAUUAUUCGAAAUUCUCGACAGGUCUCAAACUGAUUGGCCAAUUGAUGAGGCAGAGAUGUUGGCAAAACUUGGGCUGCGGUGUACAGCUUUAAAAUGCAGGGACAGACCUAAUCUUGAGUCGGAGGUGCUUCCGGCGCUCGAAAAUAUUCUGAGCAGGCUUUCUGCUUCUCUCAAGCUACAAGGUCCAAAUGUAGUUGCACCAAGCCACUUCAUCUGCCCUAUAUUGCAGGAGGUAAUGAAAGAUCCUUAUGUUGCUGCUGAUGGGCACACCUAUGAACACAGGGCAAUUAGAGCUUGGCUAAAAAAACACAAGAUGUCCCCAGUAACGAAACAGAGGCUUCCGAAUUUAUCCAUAAUUCCCAACCAUUCGUUGCAUGCAGCGAUACAGCAAUGGAAGUCGCGGACAUCUUAAGGAAGGCACGAGAUAACUAGUGUGUGUGUCUGUAUAUAAUUUGAUUCAUUAUUGUAGUUUUUGAGUUCCCCUGUAAAUAAAGAGCAGGUAGUUGUAUAACGUAGUAGCAGGACGAGAGUUUUGUAGGAAUAAGUUGUUUUGCUGGCUUAAGAUUGACAAGAUCUGAUAACUAGUGUGUUUAGCCUAAAUGGCUUCUUGUUACCCAAAAAUUUCAAAUUAUUACUGAAUUCAAUUUCAGAUAAAUUCGGUA